GCAGCUGGUGGUGGUGAAGUGUGAUGUUCACAAGAGGGUGCGAAAGUUGCCUGUGAUGUCAUUCCAGCAUGUUAUCUAAAUUGACUCCUGGAAAACUGUGUGUCCAGAAUGUGUUAGAGCAAAAUAAGAAAAUGCUGGUAAACUCUCUCAAAUGGCAAUUGCGGAGGUAGCAGCAGAUUUUGUCAAAUAAAUUUGAGCUUGAUUGAUCUUUUAAAUAUCCUCAUUGAAGAAAUGUGUGCAUAGUAUAACAUCAGUGUUCAGAAAAAUGGAUCUUCUGCGCUUUUUCGGUCUCUCACGGGAACAGACAGGAACGCAUCGGAACAGUCAUCGGUUUCUGAGUGCUAAACGUACAUGAAAACAUCUGAAUGAAACAUGGUGCAUGCAAUCCGCCCCGAGAUCUCAAAAGGAAUUUGCUUCUGUUUUUCUACUUUAAACACAGUGAAGUUUAUGUGAAAACCAGACCCGAUAUUGAGGGAUUCGACUGAUAUUAACACUGCUGAUUGUAUUCGAGUGUAUAGCUCUAUCGACAGAGAGUUUUAAUUAAGGACUAGAAGUGGAAUUUAAUGUAUUGAAUGGCACUUCACGUCAGCAUACUUGUAAAACACAGAAGAUCGCUUGCGUCUGAGGUGUGAAGACAACAGCCUUGGAGAGAUCUGGUUGUCUACAUGAAUCCAGAAGCAUCCAUCUAGACUGGAGUUCUGUUUUCUUGUAUAUGCUGAGCUGUACUCUGCCAGACACAAAUGCUGACUGUGAAUUGUUUGUCGCUGUUUCUUUGGAUUCUGCUUGAUGAGGGUCUUGUAACACCUCUGGAAUCAUUGUCACCAAGGAGUUCAGCGCGCACAAGCAGUGACAACAUAAUUGAGCUGUCAGGAGAUGGAGUUCCUAAACUCCAACGUGUUAGACGUGGCUGGAUCUGGAACCAAUUCUUUGUACUUGAAGAAUAUAUGGGGUCAGAACCUCAGUAUGUGGGAAAGCUACAUUCUGACCUGGACAACGGUGAUGGUUCUGUAACGUAUACUCUCUUAGGCCAAGGAGCUGGCUCGAUCUUCACCAUCGAUGAGAUAACGGGGGAUAUUCAUGCCAUAAAGAGCCUGGAUCGCGAAGAAAAGUCAUACUAUGUUUUGCGUGCACAGGCUGUAGAUACAGAAACCAGAAGACCCGUGGAGCCUGAAUCCGAGUUUAUCAUUAAGGUUCAGGAUAUUAAUGACAAUGAGCCGAGGUUUCUGGAUGGACCUUAUGUUGCUGAUGUCCCAGAAAUGUCUCCUGCUGGUUCCUUUGUGCUUCAGGUAACAGCUACAGAUGCUGAUGAUCCAACAUAUGGAAACAGUGCCAGAGUGGUGUACAGUAUCCUGCAGGGACAGCCGUACUUUUCUGUGGAUCCUAAAACAGGUGUCAUCAGAACAGCUCUAUCAAACAUGGAUAGAGAAGUUAAAGAGGAAUACCAAGUCAUCAUUCAGGCCAAAGACAUGGGUGGACAAAUGGGAGGUUUAGCAGGGACAACAACAGUCAAUAUCUCUCUCACUGACGUCAAUGACAAUCCACCAAGAUUUGCCAAAAACAUCUUUCAUCUGAGGGUCCCUGAAUCAACGACGGUUGCUUCUCUAAUUGGGAGAAUAAAGGCCAAUGAUGCGGAUGUUGGGAAGAAUGCCAACAUAGACUACAGCAUCGUUCCUGGAGAUGGGCUGAAUGUGUUUGGCAUUACCUCUGAUAAGACCACACAAGAAGGAAUUAUAAGUCUGAAAAAGCCGUUGGACUAUGAAAAUAAAAAAUCGUACGUCUUCAAAGUAGAUGCCAUAGAUCCCCAUCCAGAUGAACGUUUUCAAUCAAUGGGUCCUUUCAAAGACACAGCCACUGUGAAGAUCACCAUUCUGGAUGUAGAUGAGCCUCCUAUAUUCAGCAAACCCUUUUAUGUAAUGGAUGUUUAUGAAGAUACCAAUGUGGGCAGUAUUAUAGGUGCAGUGACAGCACAGGAUUCUGAUGUUAGCAACAGUCCUGUCAGGUACUCAAUUGAUGAGAGCACUGAUGAGGAGAGAUACUUCACCAUUAAUGAGGUUGAUGGAACGAUCGCAACCAAUGAUGUUCUGGACAGAGAGGAUGUUUCCCAGUACAACAUCUCUGUUCUAGCAAGGAAAGUCAAUGCUGUUACUGCAGAGGUUGCACAUCCAGGUGUUUAUUAUCCAGAUGCUGUUUAUCCGGGUGUCGUUAAUGGAGGGGCUGUUAAACCAGGUAACCCUGACCUAGUUAGCAAAGUUCCUGUGACCAUUCAGGUUUUAGAUGUUAAUGAGUACGCGCCAGAAUUCUCGGUGCCUUACGAGACCAUGAUGUGUGAAAAUGCCAAGACCGGCCAGAUCAUUAUGACGAUCAGCGCUGAGGAUAAAGACAUGCCACCCACUACUCCCCAGUUUCACUUCAGACUGUCACCGGAGGCUGCCACCAACCCAAACUUCACAAUUCACGACAACGGAAAUAACACAGCUGGAAUCUUACCCAAGAGAAAUGGCUACAGUCGCAGGCAACUGGAGCUCUAUUUCCUUCCUGUUGUGAUCUCAGACAGUGGUUACCCCAUACAAAGCAGCACAAACACAUUGACUAUCCGAGUCUGUGGAUGUGAUGUGGACGGCACCAUCUUGUCUUGCAAUGUAGAAGCAAUCUUUCUGCCCGUGGGCUUGAGCACAGAGGCAUUGAUAGCAAUCCUGCUUUGCAUCAUUAUACUCCUUGUGAUUGUGGUGCUGUUCGUGGCAUUAAGAAGACAAAGAAAGAAGGAAAUCUGUAUGACCUCGAAAGAAGAUAUCAGGGACAACGUAAUCAGUUACGAUGAUGAAGGAGGUGGAGAGGAGGACACCCAGGCCUUUGACAUUAGCACACUGAGAAAACCUGACUUGAUAGAAGACGUGCAGUUACGCAGAGAUGUCAAGCCAGAGACCCACCAGCCACAGCGACAGACCAUAAUAAUACAAAACCACACCGAUAUCAGAGACUUCAUCGAUCAGAGAUUGCAGGAGAAUGAUACAGAUCCUGGUGCACCUCCUUAUGAUUCCCUGGUGACAUAUGCUUAUGAAGGAAAUUGUUCCAUAGCUGAAUCCCUCAGCUCUUUGGAAUCAGUUACCGCGGACACAGAUCAGGAUUAUGAUUACCUCACUAACUGGGGACCUCGCUUUAAAAAACUCGCAGAUCUUUAUUCAUCAGAGAAAAUUAACAGCCAACAAAAUAUUACCGAGCGACAGUAAAUUUGAAGUCUGGUAAAUUUAAGGACAAGAUGAGUUUUGUCUUUUUUUAAUGGCUGCCAUUGUUACUUGCUAUGUCAACUAUUGUUUUACUGUGAGAUAGUUUUAUUAGCUACCACAAAGAUUUGACUUGUAAGAUUGUUGUGAAAUUGGAGAGAUGCAGGCUCGAGCAGUGUUUUUGAAAUGUGUUGGCCAUACAAUUGUAAGUGAUAAGGAGAAAAAAGCUGCAGGUUUUUCUGUAACCUUAACUGAAGUGCCUCAAAGAACUUUGAACACUGCAGAUGUUUAUGCUCUCCAGUAAGAGUGUCAGUUUUUAUUAUACAACUAAAAGGUGUUCUUAACUUGAAUUAAAUGACAUUUACUUCAAUAAAAGAAGCAAUGGCAUA